AUGGUGUACAAGGCUUCUCGGCCACCCAGAGAUUUCUUCGCCAAAGUCUGGGCUCAUACGCCAGUCACCUGCACCACAGAGGAGUUCCGCUGCUCUCCUGUACAGUGCGUGCACAGGUCAAGGAUGUGUGACGGGGUCAACGACUGUAGCAACGGCCACGAUGAGUUCUGUCACCGAUCAGGCAGUGAGACACGUGCAGACGUGUACGCCGAGCUGUGCUUUCGGUGCGGUGACGGCACCUGCAUCCUACCCCGCCUGCCACGCUAUGAUGCCAGCUAUGGGCGUGUCCUGUGGUAUAUGUGUGACGGGUUCUCCCACUGCCCUGAUGCUUCGGACGAGAGGCAAGAUAUUUGCCGAGGUCUUCGAACCGGCCUGAUUGGUUCGGUGGUCAAGUGUGUGCCCUCAGAUCUACAGUUGGGCUACAACAGUUCGGUGCUCAUGUGGAGCGACGUUCUGUGUGACCAUGUUGCAGACUGUCUGCAUGGCGAGGACGAGAGCGACUGCAACAGGAAUGGUUUCAAGGAGAAACGAAUCCACGCCGAUCCGGUCACCUUAGGAGUUGUUGUUGGUAUCCUAGCAACGGGCUGUAUACUCUUUUGUGUUAUCUACAGGCUAAAGAUGUCAAGAAAGGCCGGGUCACGACCUUCAACCAGCUCCACCGUGGACACCAAGUGUACCCAGAUGACGUCAUCCGACAACGACGGACCGGACGUGACGUCAGGGGGUCCGGCCAUUACCCAGGAAGUAUUAACCAACACGGACCUUGGAACUUUCAUCGACGAUAAUGCACACGAUGAGGGUGAGGAGAAUGGCUAUGAUGGAGAUGCCAGCAGUAUGAAUUCUCUAGACCUCAGACAUACCACUGUGUAA